UCGGAAGAAUGCGUGCCGACACGUACAUCCUGCUAAUUUACCUGUCGCUUGCGAUUUUCGGCGACGCCGAAAAAAAUGAAAGCGCUUUCGUGGCGACGCACGAGUGGCAAACGGUGAAAAAGGGAACUCCUAUCCCUAAAGGACUUCAUGUAAGACAUAAUUUUGCAACUGGAGUGACAGAAGCUAAAUUAAUGGACGAUGCGGAUGAAGUAAAAGAAGAUGAUGAAAAUACAAACCGAUCAAGUUCCAAGUCACUAACAUUACAUCCUGAUAAAGCAUUACUAGAAAAUGAAGAAGUGGAUCCUGUAAAAAUAAACAAAAAUUCUGAAUCUUUAAAAUUUCCUAUUGAUGAAUUGAAAGCAAGAUUAAAAAAACUUAAACAGGAAGGAGUAGAAGAUGUGUCAAAUAUGAAUGAUGGAGAAACUCGACCAAAAAGUGAGAAACAUUUCAAACGUUUUUAUGAAACUUUGAAAGAAGAACUUAAUGCUCUAAAAAUCAAUGUUACAAGUGAUUCGGAAUUAUUAAAGAGGUUUUUCCAGAAAUUUCAAUCUUAUAAAAGCAGUGUCACUACAGGAACAUUAACCAGCAUAGAGACUGAAGAAGUUCUGGAUAUUUUAAAUAAUUUAGAAUAUCUUCUUCACCAAAUUGACAAUGCUAAAAUAUUUUCAGACAUGGAUGGGCUAACCAAGAUCGUAUCGCCCUGCCUCAAUGGAACCAAUAAUGAAAUAAAAUUGGAAGCAUUGCGUCUUUUGGGUGCAGCUGCACAAUCAAAUCCAAAAGUGCAAGCUAAAGCAUUAGAAAAUGAUUUUAUUCAAAAAGUAUUGCAUGUUUUAUCUACAAGUAGUAAAAUUGAAGUAAAAUCCAGAUGUCUCUAUGCUCUAAGUGCCUUAAUACGCCAGUUCCCUGCUGCUCAGAAAGCUUGGAUUGAUCAUGGUGGUUUACAAUUAUUUGGAAAAAUUCUAUACGAUGAUCAAUUACAGAUUCAAAUGAAAGCAAUAAAACUAAUUAAUGAUCUAAUAAUUGAAAGACAAAACCUACAAGAGAUCUAUGAUAUCGAACAGCGUCAACAAAAAACGAGGGAAUAUGCUAUUACAGAUUUCGAGCAAAGAUUAUUGAGACAUGAUUACUGCAAGUUACUAAGCAACUUAAUGAUCAAGUGCUUUAAAGAGAAGCUAACUAGCCAAUUCAGCAUAGAAAAUAAUGAUUUUCUCGAAGUAGUUUCAGACAGCAUGAUUACAAUAUCUCCUGUUUGUAGAAAUGAAUUUAAAAACAUUAAGCUUUUACUUCUACCUGUUAUAGAUAAUCUCUUAUAUUUUUAUCAAAAUCUGGAUAAUCUUAAACUGACUGUGGAUGAAACUGACGUUUUACAGAGUUUAAUAUUACUAAUUGAAAGAUUAAAAGAUACUAUUUUUGAAGCACCUCAUGAUGAAUUAUGAAUAUUUAAAAAAAUCAGCAUUUGUAAUUGAAGAAAUUAAAGACUACAAAUUGAAUUCAAACCUUGUAAGAACAGAUGUAAGAGUGCAACCAUCUAUAUAUAAUAGUAAUUAUUUGAAAUAGCAUAGGGCUUUCUUAAUACACAUUUGUUUAAAUUAGAAUAAAAAAUGUGUGAAAGA